GAUCUAUUCAUCACUAACCACAGAACCAUUGGAUGAUCCCACCUUUCUUUUGAGCUCAGCUAUCUGUCUCUUCAGGUCGGCGAUCUCGGUGGACAUUUGCCUGCGUGAACCGGCGACCAGUAAGGAAAGACAGUGGAAAAACUAUGCCGCAAUACGUAGAUAAGUCUUUACCCGUGGAAAGCCCGCGCCCUGCUCAGUUGGCGACGGAAGUACUUGACCAUGGCUUCAAAGCGCUUGUUUUGAAUCUAAGAAAACAUUGAUUAAUCUUUCAGUGAUUAUUCUUUCAUGAUUUUUGUCAUACCUCAAUGUCUUUCUUUAUCUCGGCAUGGGUCUGCAACUCCUUCUGCAGAUUUUCUCUCCUCUCCGAUAUAGUUUUCUUCAUGGCAGCAAUCUCCUCUUUCAGAGCAUCAACCUCUCUCUGUGGACAAAAUAGCAGCAAUUAUCCACCUAGUGAAGAUAUGCUUAAAAUCAACCUUAAAAUAAGCUUAAAAUCAACCUUUGCCGUCAGCACUGUGCUUCCUUGGGGAUUUUUUACAUCCUCCUUCAGCUCCUCCUUGGCUUUCCUCAGCCUCUGAACCAGCGCCUUCCUCUCCUCCAGCUCCUUGCACACCAAAGACAAGCCCGCCGCAUGUAAAAUCGCCAGCCUGUGGUCGUUCAUCUUUGUUCGAUAAAUGUCAAACUGUGUCUGUGACGUGCAGGCCUUCUCUUCGGCUUCACUUAUUUGCUCGAGGAGUUUUGUGUUGUCCGCUCGGAUGGCAGCACACUGGUCAUGUCGGGCCUGCAUCUCCUGCUUCAAAUGCAUCAUCUCAUUCUCCAGGAAGAGGACUUUAGCGACUUCACAUCUCAGCUUUUUCUCAGCCUCAUCACCUGUCUUCUGCAAAUCUGCCAGAGUCACCUGGUAGGGCAUUCUUUAAUGCUUUAAUUGUGACCACUAAUAUUUGAUGAAAAUAAAGUGGUUCUAUAUGAAUUAAUGGUGAACCUGUAGGGAGCUGAGAAUCAUCUGGUUCUCUUGAAGCACUGCCGUCUGAGUGUAGCCAUGUUGGCUAACGUUUUCCAAGGCUUGGGUUAAUGAUAAUUGGUUCUGGCCUUCUGAAGAUUAAAUAAUAAUUUAUCAACCUAUUUGCAAGCACAAACAAUGGCCACAUCAUCAAUUGCGGGUUUAACAUCUUUACAAUUGGCUAAAGUUUAAAUAAAUUUUAAAGCUAGCUGACGAGGUUAGCAUCGAGUAAUGUCGUAUUUCAAAAGAAUAUACCCAUUUGAAUUUUCCCAAAUUAUUAUUUAGCAUUUAAUAACCUUACCAUCCGCACAAGCCGCCAUUUCAACAGCUGUCUUAUAACGUUUUAGUGACAAAUUUACAUAAACGAACUAAGAUGCAUAUAUCAACCGCGUGGCCAUUACCGUUUCAUAGCUUAAAACUCAAACUCCCAGCGUUCUCUGCGGCAGCCAGUCAUGCAUUGGUCUCGCGAGAGAAACAAGAGACAAGCGCUGUGGAAACAGACCCUAAACAGCAAGGAACUUGGAGUUUAACAGGCGACUUUACAAAAAAUAACCUAAAACAACAGGGAAAUUGGGCAUCUCAAAGCGACAUUACAAAAAAAUAAGCCCAAAGUCGAUUAUUAUUAUAUCAAAAGCGCCCUUGAGUCAUUUCUCAAACUACUUCCGGGUUGCGUUCUGUUGUUGCAUGGUGCUUCAGUAUUAUUUUUACACUUAUUAUACCAAUUUUAUAUCGGUAGUAUGUAUGUAAACGAGUGAGUUAUCAAAUGUUUUUUCGCAGUUGGUCCCGCUUUUGUUCCGUCACUAACCGUGAAGUGUACAGCAGUCUGAAAAGAGGACGUUGGAGGGCAAUCUCAGGACAUAGUAGUGCAUAUCAUGCUAAUGUAUUAGUGGUGCAAAGCUGUGUUGCUUUGGGGUCAAGACGCCUCUGUCACAGUAACCAUGUGGGUGACUUGUACAAGAACGGUUCUGUUCAAAAGUAUCUUCAGCAAAUUAUGGAGGAGCACAAAUAUCUCCAGCAGAAAUUACAACGUGCAAACCUGAACGAAGCCGACAGGAAAGUGAUGAUGAAAAAGCACACCCAGCUGCUGCCAUUGGCAAAUCUUUUUCACGGUGUUGAACGAGCACUGGAAGAUCUUGUGGAAGUACAGUCCCUUUUACAUUCAAUCCCCAAAGAUGAAGAUGAACAUUUCAUCCAGCUGCUGAAAGACGAAGAGGCUCUUAUCUCCCACAGGAUUUCAGACUUGAGAAAAGAGUUAAUGAAAGCCCUUGUACCGUCCGACCCUGUGGACUCGAGCAAUGUCCUACUGGAGGUGGUUUCAGGACGAACAACAGGAGGUGAUAUAUGUCAGCAAUUCACCCGAGAAAUGUUUGACAUGUAUCAGGGUUUUGCCAUUUACAAGAACUGGGAUUUUGAGACAUUGAACUACACACCUGCUGAGUAUGGUGGCUUGCAUCAUGCGGCUGUGCUGAUAUCCGGGGAGAACGUGUACAGACACCUGAAACAUGAAGGGGGAACACACCGGGUGCAGAGGAUCCCCGAAGUGGGUCUCUCGUCCAGGAUGCAGCGCAUCCACACUGGAACCAUGACUGUAAUCAUCCUGCCUCAGCCUGUCGAGGUGGAUGUCAGCAUCGAUCCCAAGGACCUGCGUGUUGACACCUUUCGAUCUCGAGGUGCGGGGGGCCAAAGUGUCAACACGACGGAUAGUGCGGUGCGCAUUGUUCACAUUCCCUCGGGUAUGACAGCAGAAUGUCAACAGACCCGCUCUCAACUGCAAAACAGAGAAACCGCCAUGCGCAUGCUGAAGGCCCGCCUCUACCAGAGCAUGAUGGGUAAAGAGACUGAGCAGAGGCAUUCAGCGCGAAAGAAGCAGGUGGGCACGCGCUCCCAGUCAGAGAGGAUUCGCACCUACAACUUCAGCCAGGAUCGCAUCACAGACCACCGGACAGGCUUUGUUAGCAGAGAUAUUAAGGACUUCAUGCGAGGAGGGGAUGCGCUGGAUGAGCUCAUUAUGGAUGUACUUGAACAUGCAGAUAUGGAGACUGUGCUGGACCUGGUGGAGAAUGGUGGAAACAGCCUGUCCAGGUCUGCAGAUUGACACCCAUUCUCUUUCACAAGUGGUGUGAAAAAGUGUUUAUUUUUAUUUGUCAGACUUAAAUAUUUCAGAUCAUCAAACAACUUCAAACAUUAGUCAAUGACAACACAACUGACCACAAAAUGCACAUUUUAAAUGUAGUGUUUUAUUGUGAAAGGAGGGAAACAAAUACAAAGCCACAUGGCCCUGUGUGAAAAAGUGAUUGCCCCCUAAAGCUAAUAAAUGGUUGACCACCCUUAGCAGCAACAACUGCAAUCAAGAGUUUGUGAUAACUUGCACUCAGUCUCUUACAGCGCUGUGGAGGAAUUUGCACAUUACAGCUUUUACAUCAGAUGUAAUGGGACACACAUCUUCCAAAAAGUUAAACUUUUGCCUCAUAUGAGUAUUUUCUCAAAGACCUUGGCGAUCAUUAAGAUGUUUUCUGGCAAAAUUGAGACAAGCCUUAAUGUUGUUUUUGUUUAGCAGUGGUUUUCACAAAACUGCUGUGUUGUUCUUUUUAUUGCAAAAUACAGUCUGCCAUGCCAUGGACAAAGACCUUAACUGAGGCGAGGGAGGCCCACAGUUAUUUCGAUGUUGUUGUGGGUUCUUUUGUAACCUCUUAGGGAAACCGACCAACCAAAAUCACUUUCUCACACUGGGCCAUCCAUGCACUGCAGGUUUAGAUUUUUUUCUCCCCUAGGACCAAAAAGUUCCAUUUAAAAACUGCAUUUUGUGUUCAGUUGUGUUGUGAUUGACUAAUAUUUAAAUUGAUUUGAAACAUUUAAGUGUGACAAACACUUUUUCACACCACUGUAAAUAUAAUUAUUAAAUUAUCCAAAUUAUUGCUAAAUCGCAGCAGUAAAUUUAGUGUAAAUAUGUCUUAUUUUGAAAUGUAUGGCAGCUUCAGCAGUCUCUGUGAUGCUGGUAAUUUAUUGUUACAAAUAUAAAAUGCUAAAAC